CACAAGCACAGCUCAUACGUUUGACACCACUUUUGUUGGAUUUGAAGAAGGGAGGCAACUUCACUCUGAUCCUUUCUGACUCUGUGCACUCUGGAAAAUAUUUAGAAUUGUAUGCAAAUUACUCUAAAAUGUAAAGGAAAAGUAUUCCACAAUCACAAAUACUGAUGGACACUCUAGAUGUCACAUCUGUCAAUACUCACUUGAUCACAAAACAGAAUCCAAGUGUUAUUCACUCCAUAAACAUGUUGCUUUUCAUCUUUUUAUUGUACAGCAUCAGUAGGAUACUGCAUGGAUGUUGUAGAUGCAAACACAGGCAUAUGGAGUGUAACUACUUGUAACAUCUGCUUCAAUAUUAAUUUCCAGAUUCUGUCACCUGUGUGAAAUGUCUACCUGAGUUUUGGUCAAAUGAAAGAAGAGAUGUUUGUAUAAAAAAGGAAGCGGAGUUUCUAUCAUAUGAAGAAAUUAUGGGAGCACUGCUUACUGCAGCAUCUUUAUUUGGGGCAUACAUGACGGUUGGUGUGAUACUCAUUUUCUUCAAAUAUAGGAAAACUCCUAUUGUCAGGGCAAACAACUCUGAACUGAGCUUCCUGCUGCUCUUCUCCUUAAUUCUGUGUUUUCUGUGUUCUCUGACCUUCAUUGGUCAGCCCUCUGAUUGGUCCUGCAUGUUCCGCCAUGUAGCAUUUGGCAUCACCUUUGUCCUCUGUAUCUCUUGUCUUCUGGGAAAAACAAUGGUUGUUUUAAUGGCCUUUCGAGCUACACGUCCAGGUACUAAUGUUAAAAAAUGGUUUGGGCAGACACAGCAGAGAGUCUGUGUUACAGCAUUCACUAUUAUACAAGUUAUCAUUUGUAUCAUCUGGUUAACAACUUCUCCUCCUUUUCCAUUUAAGAAUUUUAAGGAAAUCAAAAACAAGAUCACUCUGGAGUGUGCUCUAGGCUCGGCUGUAGGCUUUUGGGCUGUGCUUGGUUAUAUAGGACUUCUGGCUAUUUUAUGUUUUAUUUUUGCAUUUUUAGCCCGAAAACUACCUGACAAUUUCAAUGAGGCCAAGUUUAUCACUUUCAGCAUGCUGAUAUUCUGUGCAGUAUGGAUUACAUUUAUACCAGCAUAUAUCAGCUCUCCUGGGAAGUUCAGUGUUGCUGUAGAAAUAUUUGCUAUCCUUGCUUCCAGUUUUGGACUGCUAAUUUGCAUCUUCAUACCCAAAUGUUAUAUAAUAUUACUGAAACCAGAGAAGAAUACAAAAAAACAUGUCAUGGGGAAGAAGGCACCAUAGUCACUUUGAAAACUGCAUGUAGUAAAAUGGGAUUUUACUUACUUACUUACCAAAAAAAAGACACACAAUAAUAAUUACAUGUAUGGCUCAAUAACCUCUAGCUUUGAGUCACUUGGUAUGGUUUCUUGAUUAUGUCAAAAGUUAGAAGUCUUUUUAUUUAUAUUUACUUGACUUGGUACUGCAGAUAAAUUCAGAAAGCAUAUGUAAUCUGCUCAAUUAGAGCCAUAGUUGAAUUCUACUAUUAAGUGCAAUGCAACUUGAUUAGUAUGUUUUGCUUUGUUCACUUAUAUUCUUUCUGCAUGAUUCCUAGAGAGCAGCUACACUCAUGAGAUACAUGGCAAAUGAAAUGAGGAAAGUUAACCCUCUCUUGUCUUUUAUUAUUAAGUGGAAAAAGCAAUACCAGCCAAACUUUUACUUGGUAUAGGAUCAGAAAAAAGUGGUAUAUGGUAGUUUACAUGAUGACCACUUACCAUUGCCUACUGGGGUCAGCGGGGGAGCAAGCAGCCCCUCCCUCCCUUCCUCCCCAUCCCUGACUGCCUCCCUCUUCCCACUCCACCACACCCAGCCACACAUGUAGGGCCUUGGGGUGCAGGUGUGUCACGAGGGUGCAGGGGACGCAUUCCCCCUCUGUCCCUUUCUGGCCACCUGUACCUCAAUUUUAUUCCACUACUUAGACAUCCACAUUACUCACACUCUCAUAACACACACAUAUAGGGCCUUGGGGGUGGGUACGUUACACGGCGUCCAGAGGACGGUCUGUGUAUUCAACCUUACCUCUGGUGCCGGUGCCCACUUCUCAAUUUUAAAUGCAUGUAGACAUUGAGGGUUCUCAGGAGGGGCCAUGCUGUCACCUACUGCUCUCUGGCAGCCCUUCCGUGUUAUAAAUGCACUUUAGAACAACACGCAGCAACACUACACAUGAGUGGGCGGAGGGAAGUAUGGGGACUUCACACACCCCGUUCUCUGUUAGCCAUCGGGGUGGAGGAGGUGUUGGCCGUCCAAUUGGGGCCUAGGAUGUGGGGCCUCCCUGCUGCUGUGGAGCUGUUGGCAGUCUGCUUGUCUCCACCGCGGGGAAAGGGUAACAUCUCCUGGGUCUAGGUGUGGCUUCCCCCUCUGGGGGCGAGGGCACCUGGACCUGCAAUAUAGAGUAUGCUUGGGGGGUGUGAUUGUGUGUACAGUGUCCCUUUUUGUUUGUCUUCACAUUGGAUGAGUGCUGAGUAUUGGUAUAUGUGUGCAUGAGGGAGGGAAUGCACGUUUGUGUCUGUGUGUGCCUGU